AUGGAAAAUCAACACGAAAGAGCUUUUUAAAAGCAAGAUGGAAUAUUUUUAAAUUCCAAAAAAGUUUUAUAAAAGAAGACUUCUGCUGGUGUUAGAUACUAUAAAAAUAUUGGUUUAGGAUUUAAAACACCUAAAGAAGCAAUAGAUGGACAUUAUAUUGAUAAAAAAUGCCCUUUUACAUCUAAUUUAUCUAUAAGAGGAAAACUUAUAAAAGGAUUAGUUAUUUCGACUAAAAUGAACAGAACUGUAAUUAUUAGAAGAGAUUAUUUACACUAUGUAAGAAAGUAUAAUAGAUAUGAAAAAAGACAUCGAAAUAUUGCUGUACAUGUUUCACCUUGCUUUUAAGUAAAGGAAGGAGAUAUCCUUGUUGCUGGUUAAUGCAGACCUAUUUCUAAAACUGUUAGAUUUAAUACUCUUUAAGUAUAUCCUAAUGAAAUUGUAGGUUCAGUAAGAAAAUAGUUCCUUUUAUUUUGA